AUGUCUCUCUCGUCUGCUAAUCUCUUCUACAACAAAACAACGGGACCAAAUUUCCGCUUCUCUCAGAUCGGAAGCCUCCUCUUUCACCUUCAAUCUACGCUUCCCCUCCCACCUUUUUUGUUCGAUUAAUGUUUAAUUAAUCAACAAUCAAUCAGUCGCCAUUAAAAUUCUCCAUCUAACCCUACAUUUCUCUGCUUCUUUACGCUCUCUCUAUCUCAAAUAUCCUACCAACAUAACACCCACUUAUUUAUUAACAAGCACAGCACUCUCUCUCUCUCUCUCCCCCCCAUUAUAUUGCAAUGCAGGAACCUUGCUCUGAGGGGAUAGGGAGGCUCAGCUGCUGCUUCCAGUUUAAGAACCAGCAGAUCCUUGCCUAGUCUUUUUGGGUUUUCUUGGGGGAUCUUUUAUGCCCCUUUAUGGCUCAGUAUGAAGUGGCCAUUUGAAUUGGUACUCUUCUUGUCGUUUUUCCGGUGUCACAUUUUGAAUGCGAUGCCUUCCUCUCGGACUUAGAUGCUCGGAUCGGAGGAUUUCUAAGGUGGAAUUUUGUGAUUGAUUCUGGGUUUGGAUCUUUUGGAUAGUUCUCCUCAAGAAGUUAUGUCGAGGAUUGCUAAGUGGAAGCUUGAGAAAACAAAAGUUAAAGUUGUCUUCCGGUUACAAUUUCAUGCAACACAUAUUCCACAAGCUGGGUGGGACAAACUCUUUAUUUCCUUCAUUCCUGCUGAUUCUGGAAAAGCAACAGCUAAGACUACAAAGGCAAAUGUGAGAAACGGGACCUGCAAAUGGGCAGAUCCAAUCUAUGAAACUACCAGACUUCUUCAAGACAUUAGAACAAAAGAAUAUGAUGAAAAGCUCUAUAAGCUUGUAGUGGCAAUGGGCUCUUCACGAUCUAGCCUCCUUGGAGAAAGUACAAUCAAUCUUGCUGAUUAUGCUGAUGCACUCAAACCUUCUACCGUUGCACUUCCUCUUCAUGGAUGUGAUUCUGGAGCUAUGUUACAUGUUACUGUACAACUGUUAACUUCCAAGACUGGUUUCAGAGAAUUCGAGCAGCAGAGAGAACUCAGGGAGAGGGGGUUUCAGACAACUGACCAAAUUAGUCCUGAUCAAUCUUCUCAUGGAAAAUUAUCAUUUUCUGAAGAGACUCUUAACAAUCAGAAAGACAAGGCCAGUUCAAGGGUUAGAUUCAAAGAAAAAGCGAGAGAGCACCCUUCAGUUGAAGUAGAAAUAGGGCUAAAUGAAGAAUGCACAGAAUCAGCAGUUGGAUUUGAUGGAUCUUCUAAUACAUCAGAAAGCUUAUAUGCUGAGAAGCAUGAUACAUCCAGCACACAUGAAAUUGACAGCCUUAAGAGUACAAUUUCUGGUGAUUUGGCUGGACUUAGUCAAAGUCCUAGGCAGCUGAAAGGAGACACUCCUGACCCAAGUUUUCUGGCACAGGGUACAAGUGAUUGGGUUCACAGUUGGGGUUCAGACUAUUCUGCAGAUAAUGAUUUGGCAAAUGCAUAUGAAGAAAAUAGCAGACUUCGAGGAUGCUUAGAAGUGGCAGAAUCAUCUAUCAAUGAACUUAAGCUGGAAGUAAACUCAUUACAAAGUCAUGCCGAUGAAAUUGGUGCUCAAGCAGAAACAAUUUCCCAGCAACUUGUGGAAGAAAUUGCUUCAGUUGAACAAUUGGCAAAAGAGGUUUCUCUACUGAAAUUGGAGUGUUCAAAGUUGAAAGAGGAUCUUGAGCAGCAACAAGUUUCUAGAACAGGUCCUUAUAUUUCCUCCAAUGGAGAUACUGAGAAGGACCUGGAUCGCUUCUUUCGUGAUACAGAGCUCAGGUGGCUAAAAGGUCUUUCAAUUGUUGAGGAUAAGAUAAGAGAACUUAGAAAAAAGGCAUGCUUGGGAUACCAUGAAAGGGACUUCAGGUUUUUUAACUCAGAUUUAGAUUCCGUACUUGGUUUUCUCCAGGAUCUAAAACAAGGAACUGGAAAGCCAAUCUCAUUUCUCAACACAGUACCAUCUGAAACAAUUAAUACAAAGGCAAGCAGAGAAAUGGGUGUACAUAAACCUGAGGAAUUUGCAUCAGGAAUGGGGUUUGAUGUGGACUUGUAUCAACCAGAACUAGGCAUGCUUCACUGUCCAAGUAUUCCUGGGCUUGUUGCUCAUGACCCUGAUUCUUUAGAUGCUGCUGCACUCAAAGGAAAAAUAUUUGAACUUCUAAGGGAGUUGGAUGAAUCGAAAGUCGAAAGGGAAAGCCUUGCAAAGAAAAUGGACCAGAUGGAGUGCUAUUAUGAAGCUUUGAUUCAGGAGCUUGAGGAAAAUCAGAGACAGAUGUUGGGAGAGUUGCAGAAUCUCAGAAAUGAACAUGCCACUUGCCUGUACACAAUUUCAUCUACCAAGGUUGAGAUGGAAACAAUGCACCAAGAUUUGAAUGAGCAAAUAUUAAGAUUUGCUGAGGACAAACACAAUUUAGAUUCCCUCAACAAAGAACUGGAAAGAAGGACUGUCGCUGCAGAAGCAGCACUCAGAAGAGCACGCUUGAAUUACUCCGUUGCUGUAAACCAUUUGCAGAAGGAUCUUGAGCUACUUUCUUCCCAAGUUUUAUCUAUGUAUGAGACAAAUGAGAACCUCAUCAAGCAAGCCUUUGGGGAUUCUUCACAGUCAAGCAUUGAAGGAUACCCAGCAGUCUUACAGAAUCAGAUACUGGAUGCACAGGAAUUUCAUUCUACCAAAUAUUUGCAGUGCCAGAAUCAGAAUGCGGGGGAGAAAAAACAACCCUUGGGUGGAGAUACUCUUCUGGAGGACUUCAAGAGAUCACUCCAUCUGCAAGGAGGGCUUUACCGAAAGGUCGAAGAAGAGCUUUGUGAAAUGCAUUAUGUCAACAUGUACUUGGAUGUGUUCUCGAAGACACUACAAGAAUCUUUGCUUGGAGCAACUGCUGAUAUUAGAAUUAUGAAAGAGAGGAUGAAUGAACUUACAUGGCAGCUAGAGCUUUCCAAUGAAUCCAAGGAGUUAUUGCUUCAGAGGCUGCAGACUGCUAUGGACGAGGUUUACUCCCUAAACGAGUUCAAGGCCAACUGCAUUGCCAAAUGCAAUGACAUGGCUCUUCGGAACCAAACUUUAGAGACAGAUUUACAAAAUAUAACCAAUGACAAUCACCUUCUUGUCCAGAAGAUAGCUGAAUGGGAAUGCCUGAUUAUGGAGUAUGAGAAAAAGUAUGCAGCUUGUGUUUUGGAGAAAACUGAUUUAGCAAAUUCGUUAAAGAAAGAAGCCCUGGAAAAUGGAAAUCUUCGAGCUAAGAUUGUUUCUUUGCAGGAGGAAUUGAAAACUCUGGAAACUAAGUUUGAUGAACAAGCUAUUAGAAAGGAAAAUCUGCAAAACAUUAUUGAUUCUCAGCAAAAUAAGUUGUUGAUCUUAUUGUCAUCUUACAGCAAAAAUUUCAGUGGUUUGUCUCUCCAGUGUAAAUCUAUUGAUUCUCAUUUGGAUGCCACGGACUUGACAGGCGUUGUUUUGCAAUUAGAAGAGCUCCAGCGUAUUGCAUGCAGAAAGAUUUCCCAACUCCUAGAAGAGAAUAAAAAUCUAAUGAGUGAGAAUGCUAAGGCUCAAUUGUCCUUAAGCACAGCAGAAUCAGAUAUCCUGGUGACAAAACAGAAGUUUGCACAGGAGUUGAAAGAAAUAGUUAAUAAACUAGAUUCGUCUAAUGCCCUUGUCCAAAAGCUUCAGUUGGAUGCCGAAGCUAUUUCAUACAGACUUCAUGUUAGCUCUGAGGUUGAGGAAAGCUAUCAACAGCAGCACAGAGAACUUUGCUCUGGUUUUGAUCAUUUGGAAAUUGAGGUUCAGCAACUUGCUUCUAAGAAUGAGGAACUUUUCCAAGAUAUCUUAGAAUUGGGAACUUCAAUUGAUGAACUUCGAAGAAGUAAGCUUACUGUUGCAAAACUAGCUGAGGAGAAGCAAGCUUUGGUAGCAUCUUUGCAGGAUAAAUCAGAGGAAUCCUCCAAGCUUGUUUCUGAAAUUGAAAAUUUGAGAGGAAAUUUGCGGUCUCUGCAUGAUGAGUUGAAUACUGAGAGAAGCUUGACUGAAAGUAGAAUCACGGAUCUUACUACGCGAUUAAAUGAGAAAGAUUUGCAGUUGCUAAAUUUUGGCAAGCUGACAUCUGAAGUGGUCCAUCUCAAGCAAUUGAUCUCUGAUCUUAAAUUAGAAAAAUUGGAAAAUUGCAAUCUCUUGUUGCAAUAUGAGGAGAUCUUUAAAAAUAGUCGGCGAGAAGCUUCUUCUAUUUCUGAUCUGGAAUCUCAGUUGUCUGACAUGCAUGAACUUCUAAUAGCUGCAGAUGUGAGACUCAUCUUCACAAGGAAUCACUCUGAAUCUUGUGUUGAGGAGCUCGUUGAGAAACUCGGCGCCUCUGAUAGAUAUGUCACUGAGCUUCAAAAAAAGCAUCAUGACAUUGAGGAUGCACUUGAUCAUUCUCUUACCAAGGAAGUACAGAAUAUGGAAGAACAUGCAAGAUUGUUGAUGACUAUUGGGUCAUUAAGAUCUGAGUUGCAGGCUUCCAUUGCAGAAAACAGAGCACUUCUUGAUAAAAACAGUGCUAUAAUUGUGCAGCUCGAGGAAUACAGAAAUAGGGCUGAGAACACAGAGAAUGGUUAUGCUGAAGAUAGAGGUCGAUAUGCUAAUGAAAUUAAAAAGCUGAAGAACUUGUUGGUUGCUUCCAAAGAAGAGAUUGAUAAUUUGUUGGUAUCCAGAGAAGAACUUGAAGUCAUAGUUACGGUGCUAAAAGCCAAACUUGAUGAACAUGGUUCUUGGACAACAUUGCAGGAAAGGCAUAAAGAUGAACUUACCGUGCUGCAAAGCCAUUGCAAUGACCUUACUCAGAAGCUCUCUGAACAGAUUUUGAAGACAGAAGAGUACAAAAACUUGUCCAUUCAUUUGAAGGAGCUUAAAGACAAGGCUGACGCUGAAUCUAUGCUGGCCCGUGAAAAAAGAGAAUCUGAAGGGCCAUUAUCAGCCAUGCAAGAGUCACUGAGAAUUGCAUUUAUAAAAGAACAGUAUGAGACAAAAUUGCAAGAACUCAAAUAUCAGCUGUGCAUCUCCAAAAAACAUAGUGAAGAAAUGCUGUUGAAACUACAAGAUGCCAUUGACGAAAUUGAGAAUAGGAAGAAAUAUGAAGCUGCUCACUUAAAGAGAAAUGAAGAAUUGGGUUUGAAGAUAUUGGAACUUGAGGGUGAGAUACAAGAGUUAAUUUCAGACAAGCGGGAAAAGUUAAAGGCUUAUGAUAUGAUGAAGGCUGAACUAGAAUGCUCAGUAAUAAGUCUUGAAUGCUGUAAGGAAGAAAAACAAAAACUUGAAGCUUCUCUGCAGGAAUCCAAUGAGGAGAAGUCCAAAAUUUCGGCCGAGCUUAAUUUGAUGAAAGAAUUAGUUGGGGGUUCCAAACUGCCCUUAAAUUCUCCAAAGCAAGGAGAGGAUCAAUCAGACAAAGAAGGUUGUGCAUCUAAUAAGUCAGUUCACAGAAAUAUUAACCAGAAGAAGUUAAUUGCAGCUACCUUAACUGAUGAGAAGGCAAGUGUGUACAUGGUUCCUAAUAACGGUCAGGCAGGAAAUUUGAAUCCUGAAGUUUUGGACCAAGAUGGUUCAUUGGAUUGUGACGAAUCAGAAUACACGCACUCCCUUCCCAGUAUUCAUGCUGAUCAUUCCAAUACCAUUAUGAAUGCACAACCGCAGAAAUAUAGUUCUGUAGCUAGCGGCAUCAGUGGAAAUACAAGUCUAGCAUAUCUCAAUGAAGAGAACUUGCUGCAAAGUGAAAGGGAACAUUUAGCUUCAACCAAUGAACAGUUUGGAGCCCAAACUUUGAAAUCAAGCUUGGAGCACUUAAACAACGAGCUGGAGAGGAUGAAAAAUGAAAAUUUACUUCUCCCUCAAGAUGUUCAUCAGUUUGAUUCAAAAUUUCCAGGUUUAGAAAGGGAACUAAUGCAGUUACAGAAGGUAAAUGAAGAAUUAGGAAGUAUAUUUCCUCUAUUUAACGAAUAUUCAGGCAGUUGUAAUGCAUUAGAAAGAGUUCUAGCUCUGGAAAUUGAGCUUGCUGAAUCUUUACGGGCAAAGAAGUCAAGCAUCCAUUUUCAGAGCUCCUUUGUUAAGCAACACAGCAAUGAGGAAGCAAUAUUUCAAAGCUUUAGAGACAUCAACGAUCUGAUUAAUGACAUGCUGGAGCUAAAGGUUAAGUAUGCAAGUGUGGAGACUGAACUAAAGGAGAUGCAUGGCCGUUAUUCCCAAUUAAGUCUUCAGUUUGCAGAGGUUGAAGGAGAGAGACAGAAACUUAUGAUGACUCUCAAGAAUUUUCGAGCAUCCAAGAAGGGUUAAUAAAUCAUUUGUGGACAGCAUCUCGGGCUGAUAAUUCAUAAUUGAUGUUAACAAGCCCUCCAUAUUGCUAUUCUUGCACCUCGUAUCUCUGCACAACCAGACAAUAGGAUUGAAGUAAAUAUUCAUGGCUCCCGCGGUGCUUCAGGAAUGAAACUGUUCAUUGCUUCAUCAGGAAGUUCAGAAGCUGUACUUAAGUGUAAAUAUGUAUAUGUGCCGGUUUUUCACCUGUUACUAGUAUCAUAAGGUAUAGAUACGAAUGACAUAUUGACUUUUUUUUCAUUGGUUUAAGCUCUAGUAUUAUAUAGUUAAUCAUAUUCUUUCAUGAACAGAAUCAUUAUUGUUCAACAAGGAAGAUGUUUUUCCUUGACCCCGUUCCUUUUCCGCUGUUCUGUCUGCUAUUGCAGCUCUGAGUUCCAUUCUCUUUUGGGAAGUCAAAUUCAAUAGCUUCAUUGAUUAAAUGUAUGAUGAUUCAGUGUAAUUAAAUAGCUUAUUGGCCUGCUUCGGGGUCUCCAUCUCUUCAA